GUCGGUGACUAGGUGGGGUAGGGACACAAUGGGCGCGACAGCUGAGGUAGCCCUGAGUCAGGGGAAGACUGAGGGCAGCGGGGAGGGUAGCCCCCGCAGCCGUGCAAACCGAGGUCAGCGCUUAGGACCGCCUAUCUGACCGGCCGCUAAGUGCCUAGUCCGGCCUGGCCUAGUCCCCGUGCCUUGCACCGUCCUAGCCCUGAAGCUUUGAAGGUCUGAUAAGAGGAAACCUGGAAAAUAGAACAUAAAGGAGGAAAUGUAACAGGCCAUGCACAAGGGUAGAAUUUCCCUGACAUUUCUGUUAUCCAGCACGGCCCCUUAAGAUACAAUUGUACAGAGGAGCGAGGCCGGGCCAGACAUGGCUAAGUAACCAGCUAGCGCCAGUCCUGCCUCCACCUGCUCAAGGACUUCGAUUCCCAGAGACCAGCCUGACCGAAAUGCAGCCGUAUCAGAGGCGCACUCGCUCGUAACAGGCUUCACGCGUCAGGCGGAGUCAGCGAGCGGAAGCCGGAGACGCGGAGGCCUCUGGGAGAUGAGUCUGAAGCUACUGGUAGAAGAGGCUGAGGCUGAGGUCUGCGCAGGCGCAAGCCGGUGGGGCUGGGGCUGGAAGCUGUCGCAGUACGCUGCGGUACCCCAUGGAAGCCCGCGGUCCAAUGAGGUGAAACUUGCGGGCAGCUGCUCCGCGGUGCAGCUCCGAGCCUGUUCUGCUUUUGCCGGUCGCGGCAGGCAGCGGAAUCCCGCGGGUGCCAGUGAAAGACUACAGCUGAUACUGGCCUUUUGCAGAGCUAGUCCAGACUGAAAUGGCUAUAUCACUAACAGCAGCUAAAACUCUGGCCCUUCAGGAUACACAGGAACAAAAGAAGGUUAUGAUAAUGGAGCCAAAAAAAGAGGAGCAGUCUUGCGAGUAUGAGAACAGGCAACCUGGGAACCACUCUACCAAUCAAGAGAUCUUUCGUCAACGCUUCAGGCAACUCUGUUAUCAAGAGACUCCUGGUCCCAGGGAGGCCCUGAGCCGACUAAGGAUUCUCUGUUCUGAGUGGCUGAGGCCAGAGACACAUACCAAGGAGCAGAUCCUGGAGUUACUGGUCCUGGAACAAUUCCUGACCAUACUACCUGCGGAGCUCCAGUCCUGGGUGCGGGAACAUCACCCUAAGAGUGGAGAGGAGGCUGUGACAGUGCUGGAGGAUUUAGAAAAAGGAUUUGAACCAGAACUGCAGGUCCCAGGCCCUGCACAUGGACCUACACAGGAAGAGCCAUGGGAGAAGAAGGCAUCUCUGGUAGCAGCCCAGGACACACUGAGCAUCCAGCUCCAGCCUACGGAGAUGCAGCUCAAGUGUGAAUCUCAGGAGACCCAGCCUUUCCCAGAGAGUGAACCGGAAUGUUUACAUUUUCCAUCAUUUGUUAUAGAAGAUGGUCCAGAGCCCAAGGGCAAGGGAUCAUUGCCACAACUGCCCAUUACUGAGGUGAAAUCACAGGUGUCCUCAGAAAAGCUCACCACCAACACAUCUACAUCCAAAGCUACCUCUCAAGUUGAGAGUACCUUAGACCAGCAGCAGAGGAAUCUCAAAGCAGAGAGACUGAAGCAGUCCGCUGUGCAGGAGCAAAGUUUCAGGCGGAUGCUUGUCACUCAUAAGAAAACUCCCACGGGGAAGAAAGACCAUGAAUGCAGUGAAUGUGGUAAAGUCUUCAUUUAUAACUCACACCUUGUAAUUCACCAGAGAAUUCAUUCUGGAGAGAAACCCUAUAAGUGUAGUGAUUGUGGGAAAACUUUCAAUCAGCGCUCAAACCUCAUUAAGCAUCGGAGAAUUCAUACAGGAGAAAAACCCUACGAAUGUAAUGAAUGUGGGAAGGCCUUCAGGUGGGGUACUCAUCUUGUUGAACAUCAGAGGAUUCAUUCAGGAGAAAAACCUUACGAGUGUAAUGAGUGUGGGAAGGCCUUCAGUCAGAGCUCAUAUCUAAGUCAGCAUCUGAGAAUUCACAGUGGAGAGAAACCUUUUAUAUGUAAAGGAUGUGGGAAGGCUUACAGAUGGAGUUCAGAGCUUAUUAGACAUCAGAGGGCUCAUGCCAUGAAAGCGCCUUCCCAGUAUAUUGAAGGCGAGAACGUCUCCAGACAGACUUGUAUGUUUGUCUAAUCUUUAGGACUCGAUCCCAUAAAAGUUAGCAGCACCUUAA